GCCGUGAGUCAGUGGCGGCGCGGCUGACGGGGCAGAGGCGGACCCGGAGCGGAGGGCGGCUCGGCCCGGCCCGCCUCGAACGGGCGAUGCCUCAGCGCCGCGGCGGCGGCGGCAGCGGCUGCGGGGGGGCAGGAGGGUAGCGGCAGCAGGGACGCGGCGCUGCUGCCCUGCCUUUCCCUGCCCGCCGCUGGCCCUUCCUCCGCCCCCUCCCGCGCCCCCCUCCCCCGCUCCGGUGCCCGACUCAGCUGCCGCUCCGGGCAGGGAGGAAGGGCUGGGAGCCGCCUCCCGCUGCCCCCGGCCGUCCCCCUCCCCAUGCAGCCCGGCCCGCCGCUGGGAGCCCUCCCCGGGAGGAUGUUUCUGCGGCCGCUGCCGGGAUAACCGGCGCACCGUCCGCCCCCGCCCCGGACGGAGGAUGCUGCCCGCGUCGUGGCGGGUUCCGUCUCGGGCAGCAGCGGCCGCGUUCCCCUCCUCGGCUCCGGGCAGCGUCGCCGGGGAGAGAUGACUUCAAGGCACCAGGCGGACUGGAUCCCUUACAGUGUUCUGGAUGAUGAGGGCAGCAGCCUGCGUCAGCAGAAGCUUGACAGACAGCGAGCACUGCUUGAACAGAAGCAGAAGAAGAAGCGCCAGGAGCCGUUAAUGGUUCAGUCCAACGUGGACAGUCGCACAAGAGCUCGCAGAACGAAGCACUCAGAGGAACAAGCGCCGCUGGUUGAAUCCUAUCUUAACAGUAACAGCAGCACCAUAUAUCAUGCAGUGCAGGAGGCCGAGCAGGAGGAUGUAAAGGUGGUAGUGGAUGCCCAAGCUCCGAAACCAGCUAAAAAAACCAAGGCAGCAGCUGCGAGCUGCCAGAGUGGCAGCACCAGAAAGGAGAAAAAAGGGAAGCACAAAGGGAUUGAUGGCCCAGCUGCUUUUCAAGAUGAUGUUCAGAAGAUAGGAAGUCAAGUGCAGAUUCUUACUGUUGGACAGUCUAGCCACGAUGAGGAUGAUGGAGAGAAGAUGGCUAGUGGCCAACAACAGCAAAGCAAACAAGACCUUAGAACAGCAAUGCAGAAAAAAGAUCCCCAUGCAAAUACAUCCUGGUCCUCUUCCACAUCCCAAUCCAGUCUUGUCGCCCUGGAUCAUGUUCCUGGCAUUUCAAGCAGCAUGAAUUUUGAUGAGGAAGAAGAUGAGGAGGAUGAAGACAGCUCCAGUUCUUCACAGUUAAACAGUAACACCCGGCCUGGUUCUGCCACGAGCAAGAAAUCCAAUAAGGAAGCAGCCUCAGCCCCCAGCCCUUCCACAAAUGAGCCUCUCAUAGAUGUCGAUGAUCUGGAGGAAUUUGCCAUAAGACCUGCUCCACAGGGUGUCACUGUCAAAUGCAGAAUCACAAGAGACAAGAAGGGAAUGGACCGAGGGAUGUACCCCACUUAUUACCUCCACUUGGAAAGGGAGCAUGGUAAAAAGGUGUUUCUGUUAGCUGGAAGGAAACGAAAGAAGAGUAAAACCUCUAAUUACCUCAUCUCCAUAGAUCCAACUGACCUGUCUCGAGGUGGAGAGAGUUUUAUUGGUAAACUGAGAUCAAAUCUUAUGGGAACUAAGUUUACAGUUUAUGACAAUGGAGUAAAUCCAAUGAAAACAACAUCAAGCCUGGAGGCGAGUAUCCUGCGUCAGGAGCUAGCUGCUAUUUGUUAUGAAACAAACGUCUUGGGGUUUAAAGGACCUCGUAAAAUGAGUGUGAUCAUACCAGGGAUGAAUAUGGACCAUGAAAGAGUUUCCAUCAGACCACGAAACGAACACGAGACACUUCUUGCAAGAUGGCAGAACAAAAAUACAGAGAGUGUGAUUGAGCUGCAUAACAAAACACCAGUCUGGAAUGAUGACACCCAGUCCUAUGUUUUAAAUUUCCAUGGACGAGUCACACAGGCCUCAGUGAAAAACUUCCAAAUCAUUCAUGAUAACGAUCCUGACUAUAUAGUGAUGCAGUUUGGCCGCGUGGCUGAGGAUGUGUUCACCAUGGACUACAACUACCCAAUGUGCGCACUACAAGCCUUUGCUAUUGCCCUUUCCAGUUUUGACAGCAAGCUGGCUUGUGAGUAGAAGGGCAUGGGUGAGCAUCCUCUGAAAGGAAGCAGUUUGCCACAUGAUUCCCAAUUCCUCCUGGUGUCACAUAUGGUUCAUGCUAAACAGGUCAGGGAAAAUGCAGUUGCGGAGGACAACUCUGUUGCUGAAGAGAAAGGCAAAGGAAUCUUCUGAAAAUUCAGGACUUUCAGGAAAAAAA